AACACUGCUUGAUGUUUGAGAUGCGCCAUGCAGUCUGACUAAUCUAUUUUCAACUCUUGCAACCGCAACUACGGACCGACGACGCAAGGCGACACAAGUGCAAUUGAUAAUUAUUCAAAACGAAUUCAAGUGGACUGGCCUCUGUGUCGCUUGACAGCUUCUAGAAACUUUGGAGGGACAUUUUUCUAACACAAGACCACGGAACGCUUGAACGGGUUUUUGAGUAUUCUUGACCACUGCAGGCUAAUCAAAAUAUACAUGUAAUUUAUUGUACUGCCACCCUCUCUUAAAAAAACACGUGACAACUGCAAUCACUGCAUUCCUGCGAGUCCAGGUUUAGGAAUUGUCACACAUUUGCAAGUAUCGGCUACCUUGUUUCAGUCGAUCCUGGGACAAACGCGGUGUGGCUGGAUGUUGCAGGCGGUGGGUCAGUGAGCGCGAGGACCAAGUACCUCUACGAAUUCCCCAACUCCCGACCUAUCUUACCUGAUGCCGUGCAUGAUGAUUGUCCUUGGAAUACUUUUGAAUGUCCUCAGUCAUGGCAGCGUGCUGUCAGGCUCCAUAGACUGUCAGGAGGCUGAGCGAGGCUGUGUACAGGAUCAGGACUGUACGGCAGUGUACAGGGUGCUGGAGUACUGUGCUGCUGAGGAGGCCGUGUCGCCCCUGGGCCCAGACGCCCGGGGUGAGUGUCUGGAGGCCCAGAGCGCCCUGCAGCAGUACCGCCCCCUCCAGGCCUGCAAGUGCCAGCGUGGCUCCCGCCGGGAGGAGCUGUGCCUCAGGGUCUACUGGACCGUCAGAUUCGCUGUGUAUAAUGAGUACGAGGUGUCUCCGUAUGAAGAUCUGGAGGUGGAGUUUGUGAGGCACAUAGAGAUGUCACGCAUGGCCUCCAUCAUGGCAGCCUCCUCUUUUCCUCUGGAUGGGCAGAACCAGUGUCUGAAAGCAGCCCAGGACUGUGGUCUGUAUGAGAAGUGUGGUUCUCUGAGGUCGGAGUAUGUUGUAGCCUGCACCAAGCGGGCUCCGGGCUCCGACGGCAGCUGUAACAGACAGAAGUGCCACCGGGCACUGCGGCGCUUCCUGGAGCGGGUACCAGAGGAGUACAGCUUCGCCCUGCUAUUCUGUCCCUGCUCUGAUGCCCUCUGUGGGGAGCGCCGGCGGAAGACCAUCGUACCGUCGUGUUCCUAUGAGGAGAGAGACAGCAAACCCAACUGCCUCAGCCUGCAGGGCUACUGUGCCAGGGAUGAGCUGUGUAGAUCUCGUCUGGCUGAUUUCCAGCACAACUGCCAGCCCUCGUCACAUUCUCCCUCUGGCUGCAUGAGAGAAAGUGGAGCCGUCUGCCUUAAGGCCUACGCCGGGCUCAUAGGCACCAUCAUGACCCCCAACUAUGCCAACAAUCUCAGUAUGGACGUGUCCCAGUGGUGCACCUGUGAGGGAAGUGGGAACCAAUGGCAGGACUGUCUGCGCAUCAUGAACAUGUUCCACAGAAACGUCUGUCUGCGUAAUGCUAUCAGUUAUUUAGGUGGCGCUUCCCCUCGCCCUGUGGAGAGCACCACCCUGCCCCCUCGUCACCACGCAUCAGCCACUCCCUCUCCACACAUCUUUCAGGACAAGGACAAGACCAAUGUCAACGUCAACAUUUUAUCAGAACGCAACAGUGUGGAGGACCACGACGAAGAGGAGGUAGAGGAGGAAAGCCAGGAAUUCAAUGUUAUCCCACUGUAUUCUGAGAAGGAGAAGUCUAGUGUGGGCUCCGGGACCCGAGGAGGCCGUAGAGGAGCGGCAAGCCAGACAGCACCCAUGCUGCCCCUGCUGCUGCUGCCUGCUGCUAUGCUGGGCUGGUGGUGUCCGGUAUAACCAGCCCCCCUACUACCCCUCUUACGAUCAGCUACAGUAUCACAUUCACUGGGUCACCUCCACCAUGGCACUGAGACUGAUGAGGAGACUUAAGGCUGAGGGAAGAACAACCACAAUGAGGAAAUGGACAUUCACACCUUUCUAUUAUGGCACUCUGUCUUACAUGCAUUUCAUGCUUUCUGUUUUCAUUUGUUACUUUCCAUCAUUAUUUUUCUGCAAUCUCUAUCUCUCCUGCUCCGACUGCUCAUGGUCUUUAGUAGUCCUAGCUGCCCAUCUCUUAGCUCUUCUCUCUCACAUCAGUACACAUGGAGUUGAACAAGCUGUGCAGAUAAAUAAAUAAAUGGAUGAAUUAAUAAGGUCUGUCUGGAGGAAUCGAUGUGGCUGUCUGUCCAGUGCCUGCCUCAAGAUUGGGCAUCCAGCUCCACUCUCCCUCUUCAUGAGGAACCCACAUCGCCCAAGGCCAGUAACAACACCUAUCUCAAAGAAAACAUGACCAAUGAUUGGUGGAACCAUGAUAGUUAAUUCCUUUUGAUAUAUGUUGAUAUAUCUUCAUAUCUUCUCUCUCCUUUGUUAUCUUCCCUUAUUUCAUCAUGCUAUGUUCCCUUGGAUAGCAGGGUUGUUGGGUAAGCCACUUUGUCUAUGUCGUCUUUGCCAUAAGCCAAUAACUAAAGAAAAGAUAGAUUGAGGGAUGAUGUUGUUUUCUCUAUGUUGCUCCCUUUGUUUGCUUCCUUCUUCAUCACUUCAGACUAGAUGCCACUGGUCCAUAGUUUCCCAUCUCUAGUUCAUACACCACUUAUUCUCCGCUUAGUUGAGGUCUGAAAAUUCCACCACAGGCACAAUGAGACAAAAUUCUAGUAAUGACAAUGGUCGAGGAAAGCGGAAUAAGCAAUAAAACAUGAAAUCAGAUACCUCAGCGGGCAGGUGCUGAGGCCGUCUGGGUUUGGGCUCAGGGGAGAGAGGAACCAAUUUACUGCUGUCUGAGGUUCACAAAUGCUUUCUGUCCCUAGGUGUUGUUAUAGUUUUGGAGAGACAAUAUCACACUUAGCCAUGCUUUUCCUGACUGUGUUUGAUCAGGGAGAAAGUGGGGAGAUGGGGUACUAUAGAGCCUCUGGCAACUCUGACCAUUGAGCAUCACAUUGAGCCUUUCUCUCUCUCUCUCUCUCUCUGCCUGAUAAAUCUUUUGCUGAUGUCAAUUAUUUUUUUUCUUGCAUCACUAAUUUUCUUGUGAACAUGGAGAAUUAGCUCCCACCUGAGUGGAAGUAGGUAAAAUACUGUUGGUAAAGGGGGACCUACUUUACUGUGGAAUUGUGAACGUGACGUUUAUUUAUCGACAUCUUUCCCUUCUUGAGGGAGAUGUUAGAUAAGACUCAUGUUCUCAGAGAUAAUACAUGAUGCUUAAAAGAGAUAAAUAUUUACUGGGCAUAUCAGUGCUACAGAUGUCUCUGCCAGCAGCAUACCACCCUGCAUCCCACUGCUGGCAUGCCUCUGAAGCUAAGCACGGUUGGUCCUGGAUGGGAGACAAGAUACUGCUGGAAGAGGUGUUGAAGUACCAGUAGGGGGUGCUCUUCCCUCUAAGGAGACCCCAUGGCUGUGAAGGGGACACUGCCCUGCAUAUGGUGCUGUCUUUUGGAUGGGACUUUAAAACGUCCUGACUCUCUGUGGUCAAUAAAGAUCCCAUGGCACUUAUUGUAAGAGGAGGGGUGUGACCCUGGUCUCCUGGCUAAAUUCCCAAUGUCAUGCCAUCAAAUCAAAUUGUAUUUGUCACAUGUGCCGAAUAUAACCUUACAGUGAAAUGCUUACUUACAAGCCCAUAACCAGCAAUGCAGUUUUAAUAAAAAUAGGUGUUAAGUAAAAAUGAGAUGAGUAAAAAAUAAGAAAUACAAGUAACAAAUAAGUUAAAGUGUUAAAGUGACUAUGUAUAGAUAAUAAACAGAGAGUAGCAGCAGCGUAAAAGAGGGGUCUGGGUAGCCAUUUCAUUAGCUGUUCAGGAGUCUUAUGGAUUGGGGGUAGAAGCUGUUGA